AUGGCGACACUGGGUGUCGAACACCUCAACGUCGACGAUGAAGUACCUGAGCUGGACCCGAGCUUGUACCCACAAGAAGAAUACUCGUCGCUAAAGCGAUCACUUAGUCGUAUCAAGAACGCACCAGACUACUUUCCUAAUGCUCCUCUACCGAGAAGCAGGACUCCCUCAGCAGAGACGCUACGUAUUGAGCUCCCACGACUACCAAUGGCGGCCAAUAUAGCGCUUGCGUCUUUGCAACACCUUCCCACGCCGCUACUGGUCUUGUCGUCUUUGAAGACGAUCCUGCUCGCCAAUGAGGCAAUGGGAAGGUUGCUGGGUUUGCGCCUGGACGAUACAGCCGAAGGUCCCGAGCAGUCAAUCACAGAUGUUCUCAAAGGCCGGACUUUGUCGCAGAUCGGGAUCGACAUGCUAUCUGAUGGCGUACCUGUCUGGGUCAGUUGGGAGAAAUUCUUGGACACACUGACUGCCGCUCUUGAUGGCUCUGACACGCCUUCCGCCAACGGCGCUGAGGAUAUGACGCUACUGGCAUGGAUGUGGUUGCAACUCCAGCGAGCGAGGGCCCUCCUCGUGGACGAUCGCCGAGUCGACAAGUCCCUCAGUACCGCCGCCUUCGGGUGCGAGACAUGGACCGCACUCUCACGCCAUGACUCGGGCCAAGUCGAGCACAUCCACGAAGUCCUCGCGAUCAACACGGUCGCACACACCCACAUCAUCAACUUCAAGCAGUACAGUGCAUACUCCGUCAGAUGUUAUCUCAAGCAAUUCAUCAACGUUCAUACCCGGUGGCGCGCCUUCGAAAUGCAGUCAACCGAACACUAUUACCGACUUCCAGAAGAGGAAGGCUACGAUUUCAUGUCAAGGUUUAGUCCAUGGACAGCGGAUUUUUCGAGGCCACUAGCAGAAGAGGAGAAUCCUACUGUGACAUUGUGUCGGACGCAGCAGCCGUUCACUCGCUGGCAGAUCGGGCUCAUCAACGAGAAGACAGGCAAGAAGUCAACAUAUGACGUUGACGGCCAUCCGGUUUUUGAUGAGAAAGGAGAGUUCUUUGCUGGUCUGGUCGUCUUCAAAGAUGUAACUGAGUAUACUGAGAAGAUUGCGACAACAGUCGCCGAGAACGAGCAACAAUUUGCUCUGAUUUGUGAUAUGAUGCCACAAAUGAUGUGGACGACCCGACCAGAUGGCUACCAUGACUACUUCUCUCAGCGAUGGUACGACUACACAGGCCUUACGCCGCAGAAUUCGCUAGGACUUGGUUGGAAAUUGCCUUUUCAUGAGGAAGAUGUUCCAGAGACCGUGAAACAAUGGAAGCAUUCCCUUGCUACAGGCGAGCCGUACAAUGUUGAGUACCGCUGUCAACGACACGAUGGCGCAUGGCGAUGGAUGCUUGGACGGGCCAUGCCGUUACGCGACAACGACACGGGCAAGAUUGUAAAGUGGUUUGGCACAUGUACGGACAUUCAGGACAUUGUUGAUGCUCGGAAUGCUUCAUCACAGCACCGACAGCAACUGCUUGACGUGCUGCAUCAUUCACAAAUGAACAUGUGGAUGGUCGAUAGUUCGAUGAGGCUGACUUUCCUCGAGGGCUCUCCAUGGAAGGUCCUGGACCCGGAACGAGCAAGGUCGGAGGUUAUUGGCAAGCCAAUCGGCGAGGUGAUGCUGAAGCAUACCGAGACCGACGAGCCACACCUGAUGCAUGAGAUGCUGUCGUCUAUCGAACGGAUUCUUGAUGGCAAGUCGGAGCUCGAGUUGCGCGAGAUACAUGAUGACAACCGCUGGUUCCGAUCGAAAAUCGUUCCGAUGCGAGGCGGGAAACCUGGACCAGACGGCAAAAUCGAAAAGACCAUUGUGGAAGGCGUCAUUGGUAUCACGACAGAGGUGACAACCUUGCGGCGAAAAGAGCAGGAGAACAUUAAGCUCCUAGCCAAUGAAAGUGCUGCCAAAGAGGCAUCGAAGAUGAAGUCCAGCUUUCUCGCCAACAUGUCGCAUGAGAUUCGAACACCUAUCGCCGGAGUCUUGGGCAUGUCGGAACUGUUGCUCGAUACGACUCUGGACCAGGAACAGGCAGACUUCGCACAGAACAUCCAGCGGUCUGCCAACUCACUGCUGACAGUCAUCAAUGACAUCCUUGAUUUCUCGAAAAUUGAGUCCGGCCGUCUGGAUGUUGAGGAAGUACAAUUCUCUCUGCCGAUCGUCCUCAAAGAUGUUGCCAAGAUGCUGUCGUACGCGGCACAAAGGAAGAACCUCGAAUUUAGCAGCGAUCUCAGUCUACCAUCGGAUCUGGUGCUCCUCGGAGACCCUGGCCGUGUGCGGCAGAUCCUGACGAAUUUGCUGACCAACAGCAUCAAGUUCACAUCGAAUGGAUCAGUGAGGAUAGCAGCAGCAGUUCUCUCCGAGACUAGCGACUCCACAACUGUGAAGUUCACAGUCGCGGAUACAGGCAUUGGAAUUGAGGAGGAUGUUAAACAGCGACUCUUCAGACCAUUCAGUCAGGCCGAUUCCAGCACUGCAAGACGGUUCGGAGGCACGGGUCUUGGUUUGACAAUAUGCAAAAACCUGGUCGAGCUGAUGAAGGGCACCAUUGACCUGUCUAGCAAGCUCGGCUCCGGCACCAUAGCAACAUUCACGAUUCCUUUCAAGAAACCGGAGUAUGUCACGGGAACUGCUGGCGCACCACCUUUGGUAGAAAUAUCAGCGCUACCAGAUCGGUUUCAUUCAGAGGUGUCUCUCGCUUCGGCCGAGAAUUCAUCCCAAGGCACUACAGAAGCAAGGACGCCUCGUCGUCUCAGUCCACCUUUACAAUCUCCUCGAAGUUCUAUCAGCAUGAGAGCAAACAGAGCUUCAUUCCCACCCAGCCGGACUGCGAAUGAUACGCCAGCCCCAGAAGCAUACCCAAGAGAAAGCAUACACAUCCUAGUCGUCGAAGACAAUCCCGUGAACCAGCAAAUUGCUAUACGCUUCAUUCGAAGCCUCAAGUUCUCCGUGUCCGCCGUGUGGAACGGCAGAGAAGCACUUGAGUACAUGCUACGGGCUACAAGCCCAGACCUGACUCUCGAAGAAGCCGCAGCCACGCCUGUCCCAGCCAUUGUGCUGAUGGACGUGCAAAUGCCAGUUCUAGACGGCUACAACGCCACCCACCUCCUCCGCCACCACCACCCUUACGCGUCGAUCGAAGCCAUCAAACGCAUUCCCAUCAUCGCCAUGACUGCUUCAGCCAUCCGAGGAGACAGAGAGCGCUGCGAAAAGGCCGGCAUGGACGACUACCUCGCCAAGCCAGUGAAACGUGCUGUUCUCGAGAAGAUGAUUUUGAAGUGGACUGGAAAGGACGAUUUCCGGCGGUCCUCCUCGCAUCUGGACAACGGCGAGAGCAAGCCAAUGCUGACACGCACUGUUACGGAUCACUCGUCGAAUUGUCCAGAGCACGAUGACAUCGCGAAUGAGUUUCUCGUUGCUAGAGCGGCUGCGGUGGCGGCGGCGACCGCGCAGAAGUCGAUCGAUGAAGCUACUCUCCUUACGCCAAGUGGUGCGGGUAGUGGCGGCCUGAGGCCGAGACGAGCCAGCAAGUCUAAGAGUCUCAUCGAACGAGAGCUCGCAGGUCUCGACACCGAGAACGAGCGGACACAACGAAGAGAAGAGGCAGAGGACAAAGCCCGUGUACUGAGAGACGCGAAGCUGCUCGACGUCGUCAACGGCGAGCCGGGCUACUCCUCGCCGCGGGCGGAUCGCGCAUCGCCCUUAGCUGCGACAACUUCAAACGGCUACGCAGACCGCAGCGGCAGCGACGGCAGCAGCAAUGGCGUCCUAGCCUUGACAGAGGAGAACGUCGAGAAGCUGAACAGCGCUACGGAUGGUCAACCUCAGCAGCUGGGGACACCUAUGAUUGCGAACGUCAUCUCAGCGGCACCGGCGGAGAUACCGGGUCCGCCGCCGGAGAUGGAUGAGCAGCCUGCUUUGGUGCUAGAGCACGAUCACCACAGCGGCCCAUUUCUUACUGUGGGAAACAACAAGGUAAAGAGGGGUGAUCUAGGGGCGUUGAAGGCGUCCGAUCGGUCGAAAAGUGACUGGAGUACGAGUACGGCGCGACCUCUGGGUGGGCCGGGGACGCUUACGAAGAGAAGUAGUUCCUCGGGCGGCUGA